AUGCUAGGACGAGACGAAGAUCUGGUAUCAACAAUGAGCGGGAGAGGGAGUCUGGCUUCCACGAGCCAGCGGAGUUUGGUCGAAGCUUCGAGAAGCCUGAGAGAUUCGUUUGCUUCUCCGGACGAUGUCUUCGGGAGAAGCGACAGGCGGGACGAAGAUGACGCGGAGCUCCGGUGGGCGGCGCUCGAGAGACUGCCGACGUACGACCGGCUAAGAAAAGGGAUGCUUCCGCAGACGACGGCCAACGGGAAGGUUGGGCUUGAGGAGGUUGAUCUCUCGAAUCUCGCACCUGAGGAGAAGAAACAUUUAAUGGAAACGAUUUUGAAAUUCGUUGAGGAAGAUAACGAGAAGUUUCUUCGCCGAUUGAGAGAGAGAACAGACCGAGUGGGAAUCGAAGUGCCAAAGAUUGAAGUAAGGUAUGAGAAUAUAUCAGUGGAAGGAGACAUUCGCAGUGCAAGCAGAGCUCUUCCUACUCUCUACAACGUCACUUUGAAUACAAUAGAGAGCAUGCUUGGAUUAUUCCACCUGCUUCCAUCUAAAAAGAGCAAGAUUCAGAUACUUAAAAAUAUCAGUGGCAUUGUCAAACCAUCAAGGAUGACCUUAUUACUUGGUCCACCAAGUUCAGGGAAAACAACUUUGUUACAAGUUUUGGCUGGGAAGCUCGAUGACACCCUCCAUAUGGGAGGGAAGAUAACUUACUGUGGUCACGAGUUUCGCGAGUUUGUUCCUCAAAAGACUUGUGCCUACAUAAGUCAACACGACCUUCACUUUGGUGAAAUGACGGUGAGAGAGACGCUUGAUUUCUCUGGACGCUGUCUAGGUGUUGGGACUCGGUACCAGCUCCUAACCGAGCUCUCAAGGAGGGAGAGAGAAGCAGGGAUAAAGCCAGACCCUGAAAUUGAUGCUUUCAUGAAGUCUAUUGCCAUAUCAGGACAAGAAACUAGUUUGGUUACAGACUAUGUACUUAAGAUACUUGGUCUGGACAUCUGUGCUGAUGUACUUGUUGGAGAUGCAAUGAGACGAGGUGUUUCUGGUGGACAGCGGAAGCGUCUAACUACAGGAGAGAUGUUGGUAGGACCAGCAACAGCUCUUUUCAUGGAUGAGAUCUCAACAGGGUUGGAUAGUUCCACAACAUUCCAAAUCUGCAAGUUCAUGAGGCAACUAGUUCAUAUCUCCGAUGUAACCAUGAUUAUCUCUCUUCUACAACCAGCACCGGAGACAUUCGAGCUUUUCGACGACAUUAUCUUGCUCUCAGAAGGAGAAAUUGUCUACCAAGGCCCUAGAGACAACGUUCUUGAAUUCUUUGAGUACAUGGGUUUCAAAUGCCCUGAGAGGAAAGGUGUUGCAGACUUUCUUCAAGAAGUUACGUCUAAGAAAGACCAAGAACAGUACUGGAACAAGAGAGAACAAGCUUACAGAUAUGUCUCAGUGAGUGACUUCUCAAGCGGCUACAAUUCUUUUCACACCGGACAACAGCUUGCUGCAGAUAUCAGAGCUCCUUAUGACAAAUCUAAAACCCAUCCCGCUGCGUUAGUGACGCAAAAGUAUGGUAUAUCAAACUGGGAGCUGUUCAAGGCAUGUUUUGACCGAGAAUGGCUGCUCAUGAAACGUAACUCCUUCGUGUACGUGUUCAAGACCGUACAGAUAACCAUCAUGUCUAUUAUUGCCAUGACGGUCUAUCUCAGGACAGAGAUGCAUGUAGGCACGGUGCAAGAUGGUCAGAAGUUUUAUGGUGCUCUGUUUUUCAGCUUGGUCAAUGUAAUGUUUAAUGGAAUGGCUGAAUUAGCAUUCACGGUCAUGAGGCUCCCUGUUUUCUACAAGCAGAGAGACUUCUUCUUCUAUCCUCCUUGGGCUUUUGCCUUGCCAGCGUUUCUUCUCAAGAUUCCAUUGUCUCUUAUCGAGUCAGGAAUAUGGAUCAUUCUUACAUACUACACUAUUGGUUUUGCUCCUUCUGCUGCCAGGUUUUUCCGGCAGUUGCUUGCAUUCUUCUGUGUGAAUCAGAUGGCACUUUCUUUGUUUAGAUUUCUUGGAGCCAUUGCAAGAACAGAAGUCAUCUCUAAUUCGGUAGGGACCUUCACAUUGCUAAUUGUAUUUACUCUUGGAGGCUUCAUUGUUGCUAAAGAUGAUAUCCCACCAUGGUUGACAUGGGCCUAUUACAUAUCUCCUAUGAUGUAUGGACAGACUGCUAUUGUUAUGAAUGAGUUUCUGGAUGAGCGUUGGGGAGCGCCUAACCCUGAUCCCCGCAUCGACGCGAAAACAGUUGGAGAACUUCUUCUGAAGAGCCGUGGCUUCUUUACAGAGCCAUACUGGUUUUGGAUCUGUAUCGUGGCGCUACUUGGGUUCUCUUUGUUGUUCAAUCUCUUUUACGUUAUAGCCUUGAUGUUUUUGAACCCGUUCGGUGAUUCCAAAUCUACAGUUGUGGUUGAAAGUAAAGACAAAAAGAAAGGGAACAAAUCAGAAGGUUCUGUAGUGGAACUAAGUAGUCUUUCAAAUAAUGGGACAAAGAGAGGAAUGGUUUUACCUUUCCAACCACUUUCUCUUGCAUUCAACAAUGUGAACUACUACGUAGAUAUGCCUGCGGAAAUGAAGUCACAAGGAGUAGAAGGCGAUCGUCUUCAGUUACUAAGAGACGUUGGUGGAGCUUUCAGGCCAGGGAUAUUGACAGCAUUGGUCGGUGUCAGUGGUGCAGGUAAGACAACCUUAAUGGAUGUCUUAGCCGGAAGGAAAACAGGAGGAUAUGUCGAAGGAAGUAUAAGCAUAUCUGGUUACCCCAAAAACCAAGCAACAUUUGCUCGAGUCACUGGCUACUGUGAACAAAAUGACAUCCAUUCUCCAAAUGUUACUGUUUAUGAAUCUCUCAUCUACUCAGCAUGGCUUCGUCUCUCCGUUGAUAUAGAUGCCAAACAACGAGAGAUGUUUGUUGAAGAAGUGAUGGAGCUGGUGGAGCUGCAACCACUUAGAAACUCUAUAGUUGGUCUUCCUGGAGUUAGUGGUCUUUCAACAGAACAGAGGAAGAGGCUCACUAUUGCGGUUGAGUUGGUUGCUAAUCCAUCAAUAAUCUUCAUGGACGAGCCUACAUCUGGUCUUGACGCAAGAGCUGCUGCCAUUGUUAUGCGUACUGUUAGAAACACUGUUGAUACAGGGAGAACAGUUGUUUGCACCAUUCACCAGCCUAGCAUCGACAUUUUCGAAUCCUUUGAUGAGCUUCUGUUGAUGAAACGAGGAGGACAAGUAAUAUAUGCUGGAAGUCUAGGGCAUCACUCACAGAAACUCAUUGAAUACUUUGAGGCUGUUGAAGGUGUUCCGAGGAUCAUUGAUGGAUACAAUCCUGCCACGUGGAUGCUUGACGUAACAACUCCUUCAAUGGAGUCAAAGAUGAAUGUGGACUUUGCUCAGAUAUUUGCCAACUCGUCUCUUAAUCGGAGAAAUCAAGAACUCAUCAAAGAGCUAAGUACUCCACCACAGGGAUCAAAAGAUAUCUACUUCAAAACCAAGUACUCGCAACCGUUUUCAACUCAAAUGAAAGCUUGCUUCUGGAAACAGUUUUGGUCAAACUGGAGAUAUCCUCAGUACAAUGCCAUACGGUUUAUCAUGACAAUAGCCAUUGGUGUCUUGUUUGGUCUCAUUUUCUGGCAGACAGGAACAAGACUAGAGAAACAGCAAGAUUUGAAUAAUUUCUUUGGAGCUAUGUACGCUGCUGUACUCUUCCUCGGCGCCACAAACGCUGCAACCGUUCAACCCGCAGUCGCAACUGAGCGAACCGUUUUCUACCGCGAAAAAGCGGCUGGAAUGUACUCUGCCAUUCCCUAUGCAAUUUCUCAGGUGGCGGUGGAAAUCAUAUACAACACGAUACAAACCGCAAUUUAUACGCUAAUCCUUUACUCAAUGAUCGGAUACGACUGGACCGCGGCCAAAUUCUUGUGGUUCUACUACUACAUGCUCACAAGCUUCAUCUACUUCACGCUAUACGGUAUGAUGCUUGUGGCCUUGACACCAAACUAUCAAAUCGCCGGAAUCUGCAUGUCUUUCUUCCUCAGUCUAUGGAAUCUCUUCUCCGGUUUCCUCAUUCCAAGACCGCAAAUACCAAUAUGGUGGAGAUGGUACUACUGGGCAACACCAGUGGCUUGGACAUUGUACGGAAUCAUUACAUCUCAAGUAGGAGACAAAGAUACGAUCGUGCACAUCGCUGGUGUGGGAGACGCGAGUCUCAAAACGCUGCUCAAAGAUGGGUUUGGGUUUGAACAUGACUUCUUACCAGUUGUGGCUGUUGUCCACAUCGGAUGGAUCUUGCUCUUUGUCUUUGUCUUCGCUUAUGGUAUCAAGUACCUCAACUUCCAAAGGAGGUGA